AGCACUGAAGUGUUCAGACCUCCCCUCCCUCCCAACAGAGCUGCUGAAUCCAGAGUCGAUCACAGGAGGCCACAAACUCCUUGCAGUUCUUAUAGGAAGAAGGGUAAUAAAAAACAGAAAAUGGGACGUUCUGGACGGCCAUCUCUUUCCCUGAUCCACACAGGAUUCCUGCUGGUGAUUUUUUUAACAGACUUUCUGUGGGCCAUUCCUUUGGAGCAGAACAGGCAGGAGGAAGGGGCUGCAGCGUCUGAUGAUAUGAAAGCCGGGGCUGUGGCCAACUUGAAAAAGCUGGUUCGCAACAGAAGGAACGUCCCCGUCUUGGCCAUGCCCCAGUUCCAACGUGUGCCUGACUUCUGGGGAUGGUACAAGUACUUUAUGGACUCGCACAACCAGGAGGGAGUGGAGGACCUUGAUCGUCUGUACCUGGCCUAUUUGCAAAACAAGCACAGGUCUGAGGAAGGGCCCAGCUUCAAUCAUUACCUCAAACAUCUUAGUGAAAUCUACAGAACCUGUGCCGAUUCUGAUGAUCCAGAAUGCAUAUCCGAGUCUACCAGCAAGCCAAAAGCUUCUGUGGCCAUGCCUGCUUCCAUUAGGUCUGGUGCCAUUAGGAUGUGCAACCCCUACAUUGACCCCUACUGCACCACCUACCCCCUCGGUUCUAAGGCUGCUGCCGCGAAGCCAGAGCUAGCUCCAGCCAAGGUGCCGGCUCCCGUCCUCAGCCCCUUCCAACCCAUGCCCAUGAAGAGCACCACUGGGUCCUACUACUACGCCCCCGUCCUGGAGCCCUUCUUGAAUGCUGAGCAGAGGAAUGAGCUCCUCAGGAUCUGUCGCCCUGAUGAUGUGGAAUGCCUGCAGUAUCACCUCAGAUCAGCAUUUGGGUACCGCCCAGUCCUUGGUCCGACUCCAUCCUAUGCUGCUCUCCACUGUGAUCCCAAAGACCCCUACUGCAUGCCCCCUCUAGUUCAGAAGGCGCCCACUGGCUUCUAUCACCGCUUGUACCCCAGCUGUGACCCGGCUGUGGAUCCUCUGUGUGGGACCAAUGCUGCUCCUGCUCCGCUGGCGGUAGGGGAGGCACCUAGAGUGCAGCAAUGCAGCCCGCUCUUUGACAAAGGCUGCAACCCCCUGACAGCCACCAGGCUUGCUAGCUUCACCAAACCCAUAGUGGAGUACACCCCUAAGGGUGAGCCAGGUCCUGCUGCUGCUCCUCUGACCUGUGACCCUCGCACCAAUCCAUACUGCAUUCUGGCAGCAGCUGCUGCCCUGCGCAGGCCCCCUCCACAGCUCCCCGAGCACCAGGUCCGCUACCAGCUCGGUGUCCGUGGCAAGACCAAGGAGGGCUACGACUGCUUUGUGAGCUAUGACAAAGACUGCACCCCAGUCAAGUCUGACCCUGAGGCUCCAUCUACACCCUUCUGCCAUCCAUAUGACCCCAAGUGUUCCAAGUUUACCUCACCCCCCAACAUUCAAGCCUUGAAGUCCAGCGAGGACGGCGUUAUCCUUCCCGAUCCUGACUGCGACCCCGAGUAUGACUACAACUGCCGUUUGCGUCACAACAGACCCGCCUCAGAGCCCGUCUCAGAGUCCGCCUCAGCUGAUGAGCCCAUUGCGGAUGAAAAAAAGGCAGCAAAGGAAGCCACCAUCCCACACUUUGAAGAAUUCCUCCAGGGCUUCAUGAGCCAGCACAAAUAAAUUUCAACACCUGCUGCACAAUUGUUCCAAACUGAAAUGCCUUUGUGUUGUUCUUAUGGGCUUAAACAACCUUUCACAGCAUUGUCAACUGCUUUCAAAAUAAAUCAGUUUCAAAUUAGCAACAUAGAUUAGAAAAUCUAAAGGUUUGUACUUUCGUAAAAUAUUUCAAUGUAUAGAUACUUAAUAGAAUAGGGUUAGUUGUAAACUGUGUUAGUGGGCAAGAUGUUCUUUUUUGUUGUAGAUUAUCUGAAAUGUAUUUCUUUGUUUACACCUAUUACAGCUUCAUCUGUUUGGAUUUUACAAAGUUCUAAAUAAAAAAAGACCAAUUGGACUUUAUUUCCAGAAGCUAAACCAUCUGUACGCAGACAUUUCACAGAAGCAUCUGUUCAGCAGGUGAAGAAAUAAAAUGAUAAAAGCC